CCUUCCUCCGCCUAGCUCACAGUUCCUCAGUGGCUCAACUUCUUCCUCCUCUCCUUCGCCCUGUCUCUCCUGCCCUUUACCCUGUUCUGUUCCUCCGUCCGUCCGUCCUUCCCUCUCUCCUCCUCUGUUCGCUCCCCGCAUCCUCAGUGUUCGCCGCAGCUCUGGCGGAGCUGUGUGGGCGCUCGGAGUAGCUGCACAGUGGAGCUCCCUCACUGACCAUCGUUGGCAAGACUGCGGGAGGGGCUCGGCCAGAUAUUUGGAUCAAGAUGGAUGGAGAGGGAUCAAAUCUCCCAGAAAACCAGGACACUGACAGUCAAAUUUCCCCUUCACCAAGUGAUCAGCCUACAGAUGAUGGAGCAAGUAAAGGUAUUAGAGCCAUACCAGAACAGAGAAAAGAUGCCACAGUAUGUUCAGACUGCUUCCCACAACCUUCAAAUGAAACACCAAAAGAAGGUUCAUGCCUUCAUUCGUCUCCACGACAAAGCUCCUCAGACAGUAAGAAAAGUAAAUUUGCUUGCCAAUCAGCAAGCUCACAAGUCUAUAGCAAAAACACUGAAGACGACUGCUGUGCCCAAUGCUUGCUCGCCUGCCUAUUUUGUGAACUGCUGUUCCUGUGCAAAUCCAUCCUUGAUACUACAUCAUGUGGUGGAUUCAAUACAUGCAGUUGCUGUGCUGAAGAUUUUGAAAACUACAGUCUGACUUGCUGCACGGAUUGUGAGGACCUGGAAGAAAGUUGUGUAAAUUCUGAUUGUGUGGGGAUUUGUUCUGAAUGCUGCGGUCUUUGUUUUCCAUCAUGACCACUGAGGAGAAAACCUUUGACCUGUAUGCUUAGUCCAGAUGCUGAACCUCGAGCUUUUGUAAUACCUUUUUGAAAAAUAAGAAGGCAGUACAUUCAUGUAUACAAAUAAAGCAGAAUACAAAUACAAAGCUCAUCUAACUUUAAUGAAAUUAAACAGCAAAACAAUGCCUUCCGUAAAUAUAUUAGUGCAUGCUUUGAUCUAAUGUGCAUUAUUUAUGCCUUUGUUUGUAAAGUCGUAAGAAUACAGAAAUUUAAUGAUGGUACA